GCAACUUGACGUGAUAAUGAUAUAAAACGAGACAUAACGAGAAGAUAGUUAUCAAUGGCAACGAAUUUCACCACUACAGAAAACGUCACCGGUCACCAACCCGAAGAUUUGUCGACUAUUCCGACACGCUUAAAACGGCGAAUGCAGAUAUAUAACACAACUACUCCAGCAGAGCAGAACUUUCAAUACAAUGAUUCAUACAGUAUGAACAAUUACUCGUCCAAUUGUACAAACAUGUCCGUCGGAGGAACGGUUGUGGGUACAUUUUCAUGUAGCGAUUGGCAAGAUGCCCAGCAUGCAUUAUUCCAGUUGGCGAAUUUUUGUCUUAUUAUUUCAUUUCUGACACCAAGUAGUUUUAAACACCAUGCUUUCUUUCUGCGACUUGUUAUCAGCUUUGGAUAUUUAUUUUUCGGUCUUUGGGCUGGAGUGUUUGUGUGUAUGCCUGAUGUGUUAGCAUGGAAUCUUGGGUUUCUUCUGGUUAAUUUUGUGCACCUGAUGUACCUAGGAUAUCAAAUGUGUCCAACAAGACUAGGACAUCUCACCAAGGAGCUUUAUGAAAAAAUGUUCAAGCCUUUAAACGUAGAUAGAAAACGAUUCAAAGCAUUAACAAACAUUGGUGAUACUUAUUUGUUGACAAAAGGAACAUACUAUGCCACAGAAGGAAGAACUAAAUGUGGGAAUAAACUUUCUAUUUUGCUAAAAGGCAGGUUGAAAGUGAUGUAUCAAAAUAUGUUUCUACAUUCUAUAGAACCUAAUCAAUUCAUAGAUUCCCCAGAGUAUGAUAUGUAUGGUAACUGUGAUACUGACGAAACAUACCAGGUGUCUAUUGUAGCAUCUGAAGACAGCUUUCUACUAACAAUGUCUGUUAUAAAACUUAAAACAUAUCUAGAUACCGAUCCAUUUAUCUCAACUGUAUUUUACAACGUGGUUGGAAAGGACGUAAGCAAUAAGCUUUACCAAAUCCAAGAAUUGUUAUUAAAUAAUCCAGACUAUAUGCAAGCAUUACCAAGUCGUCAGUCAUCUAUGGUGAAUCUUAGGAGUGCCCUUGUAACACAAAACUCGUCAGUUGCAUUAUAUAAAUUGAAUUGUUUUGGAGUCGACCUGAAAGGUUGGAACAUCAACCAACAUUCCAGUGGCGAAGAGACAAUAACACAUUACCCUGUUGAAACUUUUGAAAGUCAAGUAUAAUUCUAGUGAUACUUUACAUACUAUUGUUAUAGCAUUGGUACCAAAGAUUGACAAAAGAACACGCUUUAUUAUAAACAAAAGAUGCUCAACA